CCUAUUUUGAUAUUCGAAAGAAAUAUACAACGUUCACGUUGCAUGAUCACCACUUGGCUGAUACCUAACUUAGACUUCAAAAGAAUAUAUAACGAGAACUUACCAUAGUUCCAGAGACUGACUCUCAUACUCUUUUACACACGAAAAAUUCGCACACAUACAACAACACAACAUCCACCAACACCUGAAAAAAUGCAACUCUUUACUAUCGCCAUCACUUUCUUUGUCGCCGCAGUUUUGGCAGAAGAGUAGGUACACCAAAUAAACCAAAAAAGACAAGGAAAUAAUCUAACACGAAUUCCAGCAAAAACGGCAAAUUCGACACCGGCAAAUGCUUUACAAGUAAUGACAAGGGAGUAUGUUCGACCCAGCCUCCUACGACUUGGUCAUCUAGUCUUUUCUCUCAUCAUCUAUCUAGAUCCCUAUAUCUUCUAAGAAGAGAAACAUCCUGACUGACCCUUUUCUCCUAUAGGAAGAAGGUUACGCCCUUCAACUCACUAAAAACGCAUGCGACGAAUAUGCUGCAAAUAAACAAUGUGCCGACUGCGUGUUUCGAGAGUUUGUCACUGGAAGUUCCUUUUGUGACAGUAUAGAUUCUAAUAUUGAUGCCGGAACCGUAAGUCUUUCUAAUUGAGCCUGUUGUCGAUGGCUUCUUUUCGUGAGUGAUAUGGGACUGAUUAUGUUUUAGUGGAGCGAUCUGUGCUUCAAACAGGGGGCCUCUUCUUCGAAAGCUGCGUGAUUUUUUAAUGUUGAGAUGCUGGAUAGAUUCUAGGAUUAGUAGC